CUAAUAAUUUAGAAGCAUAUUUACUAAAAUAGAAAUACUUUUUGAUACAACCCCAACCUCUCCCUUCUUAAUUCUAGUAUUUUCAUACGCGAAGUACUGUAGGAUAAACUAAAAUAGCUUUUUUUGGAGAAAUUAUACAAUAAAUGAAACAAGUUUAUGUUACACAUGUGCUUGUAACAGUGUCGACCUUCAAGCAGGUUCUUUUUCAAGAAAAAAUAACAAUUUGGCUCUUUCUUUAUCUUAAGAUUAUUAUUUUCAGAGAAAUGAACUUCAUUAAACGCCUUUUCGCUCUUGAGGAAGAACGACAUUGGCGGUCUUUCGAUGUAUUCGAUCAACAUCAUAGCACAAGCAAGGAAAACUUUUUCGUGGCUAUUACUCGCUCCAACUCUACUUCCACAAAAAGAACAACUUAUUCUUUAAAUUCUUCCUCGCACUCCACUACCUCUUCAUCACAGAAAACCUACGCAAAGAGAGAUAUGCAAAGCAAACGACAAACCAGUGCUGCGGCUUUGAAGUCAAAAUUCAGAUUCUUGCACAAACGUAAGCCAAAAAAUUCGUUUGCAAUACAGCAGCGUCAAGAUGAUGUUAGAAGCCAAACACCAGACUCAACAGCAAAAACGAGGACAUUUGCAUUGAUGAAAAAGAAUACCAUUAGUAAUAAUGCACACGAUUGUGGUAAUCAGCAGGAAAAAGAGAAGGAACUCUAUGAUAAACUAAGAGAAGCUAAUAGAACAAAAGUACGCCAAGGAAAAGGAACAACACAAAAAUUAACAAGGCAACAGCGGCCAAUUAUAUGUCAAUCAACAAAUUCUCAAAUAAUUUAUUGCCAUUCUUCACGAAAAGAACAGAGAAGUUAUUAUAAUAAUUUUUUCAUAUCUGUGCCUACUGCUAGAAGGCAGUACAUUGACCCACCGUCUGGAGAAAUGUUACAAGUUUUUAUUCCUCCAUCAUCUACUACUGAACCCUCGUUUGUGUCCAACGAAAGUACUAUAGAUGAUAACAGCAUUGAUGGAUACAAUUAUAGCACUACAACCAAUACUGCGUGCUAGAAACAUGUACAAUACCCGGAAUAAAGUACGACGAAAAAGGUUUUGAUCAUCAUUGGCCAUGGUACAACCACUAUUAGCAUACAUAGUGUUGUCUAUGAUAGACAACCAAGUUUCAGAGUGUGGACUUUUUUUUCCAAAUUCUGUUGAUUGCUCUAGUGUAGUUUAAUCCUUAUAAGCGGCCUUUUAAUUCUAGCAUGUCAUGUUGCAAUCGAUAUUUUUAUCUUAAAAACACUAUUUUUGUAUCAAAAAACUCUCUCCUCGUGGAAGAUAGACGUAACGAGUCAUGGCAAACAGCGACAUUACACC